AUGGGGUUUGGAUAUCUUAGGUCUGUUUCCUCAAGCAUCGGGUUAACGAAAGUUCCUCCUGAUGGCAAUGGACUACUUCACAAAAUGAUUUGGAGAGACGUUGUUUGUCAAUUUGGAGUUCCACGAAUAAUUAAUACUGAUUAUGGAAAGCAAUUCGACUGUGAUUCAUUUCGAAGUUUCUGUGAAAGCUUGGGGAUUCAUCUGCGAAUUGCCUCAGUGGCAUAUCCUCAAGCUAACGGUCAAGCUGAAGCCAAUAACCGCACUAUUUUGCAUGGUUUAAAAACUCAUCUCGAAGAAGCAAAGGGAGCAUGGGUUGAGGAAUUGCCAACCAUCUUGUGGGCCUAUCGUACCACAAGUCGAGUAUCAACGGGAAAAACACCAUUUAAUCUAGUUUAUGGAACGGAAGCCCUGAUCCCUGUGGAAGUAGUUGUUGGGUCUCCUAGACUAAACGCUUAUGAAGGUAACCCAGAUACCAGUAAUUCUGCAUCACUAAAAGAAAAUAUCGACCUAGUUGAAGAGCAAAGAGACAAAGCUACCACCCAAUUAGCUGCGUGUCAUAAGAGAAUUUCUAGCUACUACAAUUCUCAAGUGAGAAGUCGACCACUGAAAGAGGAUGAUAUGGUGCUCAGAAAGUCGACCAUUACUAAUAUGCUUCGAGAACAAGUAAAAUUGUGA